AACAAAUUGCAUAUACAUAAAUGACAGAUGACCCUAUAAGAAACAGUAAAGGUACCUGCAUUAGCGUGACCUUUCACCUUUAACCCUGCUGUCAUGGAAGACGCGAUGUUGGUGCGUACGGACGGGAAUUCUCUGCUCAAGGCUGUGUUCCUGAGCCGACUGCGUCUGACACGCCUGCUGCUGGAGGGAGGUGCUUACAUCAACGAGAGCAACGAGCGCGGCGAGACGCCCCUGAUGGUGGCGUGCAGGACGAGCCACAUGGACGCACAAAGCGUGCCCAAACACAAGAUGGUUCGGUAUCUGCUGGAGAGCGGAGCUGACCCAAAUAUCCAGGACAAGACCGGUAAGACGGCCCUGAUGCAUGCCUGUUUGGAACAGGCGGGGGCAGAGGUCCUCUCUCUACUGCUGGGGAGUGGAGCUGACCCCAGCCUGGACGACCACUCUGGCUUCUCAGCACUGGUCUAUGCCGUCAACGCAGGGGACAACGAGGCCCUGAGAGUCCUACUGGAUGCCUGCAAGGCCAAAGGCAAGGAGGUCAUCAUCAUCACCACGGACAAGCUGCCGUCAGGACGCCAGAUGACCAAGCAGUACCUGAACGUACCCCCACCUCCCGACCUGGAGGAGCGCCUGCAUUUCACCCCUGGCUCCGCUGCCUGCCUCAUGUCCCCCUCAGAGAUCCAGCUCCGCACCCCUCCACAGGGCACCUCAGCCACUGCCUCACCCCAGCCAGGGAGCCCCCUCCUGGGCCUCAGGGAGCACCACCACCAGGGUGGUGGAACAAACAUCUCUGGUUCUGCUGGUUCUGGUUCUUCUCAGCCAGGCUCCCCGACCAGGGACCCUAACCUGUUUCGAGGCCCCGGUCCUGGGGUGGUGAAGCUGUUCCAUCCCCAGCGGCUCCACUCUGAGCCCUGGCUACAGCAGAACAAGGCCUCCAGCCUGACCGAGGAGCUGCUGGACAUCACCCCAGAGGAAGAGCUCUCCUUCCGGGUCAACAACCUGGUCCUCUCUGGGUCCGGAAGGGUGGGGUCCGGGGCACAUCCGAUCGUCGCCCGCCACCAAAGUAUCGACCCCAAGGAUGCCACGGGGCUGCUGGAGCAGGUGGUUGAGAGUGACGGAGGUGGCGGGGUAGGAGGAAGAGGAGGCCUUAGUAGGAAGAUGUCUUAUGACAGUGCUGCAGCUUAUUCCCACCCAAACCUCCUGCACCGGGGGGACGGAGGAAGCUAUGGAGGCUACCCCUGUGGCACCCAUGAGCCUGUCCUCCCCGUAAACAAAGACUGUUGCCUUCCCAACCUGGCUGUGUCCAGCCUGAGGAAUGUGGUUCGCCGCCGCAACAUUGGCAUAGACCAUUACAGCUCUGACUCCCAGCUUCCCCAGUUUGGCAGCCACAGCAGCCACCCAGAGAAUGGAGACUCCUCCAGGGGUGUUGUAGGGGGAACUGAGAAGCGUAAACUGGUCAGUAGUAGAUCCUCCACACUGUCGGGCUCCCGGGAGUCCCUGGAGAGUGCUGCCCAGAGAAGAGGUCCUGCAAACCUGGAGAGGAGAGGCUCGGGGGCCCUGCUCCUGGAUCACAUCUCCCACACCCGUCCGGGGUACCUGCCCCCUCUCAACCCCCACGCACCCAUACCCGACAUCGGGGUCAGCCCCACCUCAACCUGCCCCAGCCUGAGUGGAAGCACCAAGGCACUGAAUCUGAACGGGGGUGUUGCAGGGCUGGGAUCAAAGCCUCUUGUCCCCUGUGCUCCUGCCACCCCCAGAGAUCUGAAGUCAAAGCAGACACUGCUGAGGAGACACUCCAUGCAGACAGAGCAGAUUAAACAGCUGUUCAACCUCCAGGAGAUAAUCCAUGCAGACAGAGCAGAUUAAACAGCUGUUCAACCUCCAGGAGCUCUUUCGGCCAAUAAGACGAACGAUGCUAGACUGAUCCCAGAUCUGUUUGUGCCGUCUUGUCCCUGUUACUCCUUGGCAAAACAGCACAAACAGUUCUGGGAACAAAAAAAGGUUGCAUUUUCUUUGUGUCUGGCUACUGUGUGCUUGGCUGACUGUGAUCGUUUCCUAUGUCAAGCAUUGUUGCUGCUGUGUGACCAUGGCAUUGUUGCUGCUGUGUGACCAUGGCAUUGUUGCUGCUGUGUAACCAUGGCAUUGUUGCUGCUGUGUGACCAUGGCAUUGUUGCUGCUGUGUGACCAUGGCAUUGUUGCUGCUGUGUGACCAUGGCAUUGUUGCUGCUGUGUGACCAUGGCAUUGUUGCUGCUGUGUGACCAUGGCAUUGUUGCUGCUGUGUGAACAUGGCAUUGUUGCUGCUGUGUGACCAUGGCAUUGUUGCUGCUGUGUGACCAUGGCAUUGUUGCUGCUGUGUGACCAUGACGUCGUGCUGCUGUGUGACCAUGAUGUCGUGCUGCUGUGUGACCAUGAUGUCGUGCUGCUGUGUGACCAUGGCGUCGUGCUGCUGUGUGACCAUGAUGUCGUGCUGCUGUGUGACCAUGGCGUCGUGCUGCUGUGUGACCAUGAUGUAGUGCUGCUGGGUGACCAUGACAUUGUUGCUGCUGUGUGACCAUGACAUCAUGCUGCUGUGUGACCAUGAUGUAGUGCUGCUGUGUGACGAUGACAUUGUGCUGCUGUGUGACCAUGACGUCGUGCUGCUGGGUGAACAUGAUGUCAUGCUGCUGUGUGACCAUAACGUCGUGCUGCUGUGUGACCAUGACAUUGUGCUGCUGUGUGACCAUGACAUUGUGCUGCUGGGUGACCAUGACAUUGUUGCUGCUGUGUGACCAUGACAUCAUGCUGCUGUGUGACCAUGACAUCAUGCUGCUGUGUGACCAUGAUGUAGUGCUGCUGUGUCACGAUGACAUUGUGCUGCUGUGUGACCAUGAUGUAGUGCUGCUGUGUCACGAUGACAUUGUGCUGCUGUGUGACCAUGACAUCGUUAACAAAUAACUACCAGAAGACUUAUUGCUCAUCCCAGCUUUUUCAAUGUGCUUAAUUACACUUAUUUUGCCAACCAGACUUGUCAUUCCAUCAAGCUCAUGAGGGAAUAACGAUUGGCGCAUCAGAACCAUUGAGAACACGCCAGGAAACAGGGCUGAGCUCUUCUUUGAUAAAUUAAUCGAUCGCUCUCCGUUUGAAGCCUGAGAUGCAGAAAUUGCAUGGCACAACAGACAGAAAUGCUUAAAAAAAAAAAUCUAUAGUUACAAUCGCAAUAUUAUUUUGGGCCGAUAUUACAUAGAUUCUCUUUGCCUGGUAGCGUUAGCUUGCGCCAGUCGGCUGUGCCUACGCCAAAACUCUAUUUUUCAUCCCGUAGCUUUGUUCUCCAUCGUCUUAUUAAAUAGUGUUUAAAACAACAUGUUGUCAUCACUUUUAUUUCCAUGACGUCUCAUAAAGAAUUUCCCCAUGGCUCCCAUGGCUCUCCCCAUGGCUCU